AUGCCUCACGCACAGUCACCAGAGCGAGACACGUCAAAUUUUGAUGAAGAUGUACCGAGCUUCAAUGGUCAGAAGCUCUAUGUAAACGAUGGUCUUCUGCGACCUGAUCAGGUUGGGCAGCUCAAAGAGUCAUCUCCCGAAAUGCCCAUUGAGGAGCUGAGACGUCGAUACAACGAAGAUGGAUAUGUAUUCCUCAAAGGUCUGCUACCCAGGGAAGACGUCCUCAAAGCACGUGAACAGUACUUCGCAAUGCUCGCUCCAACCGGAGUGCUGAAGCCAGGGACCCAACCUGUCGAGGGUAUCUUUGACCCGGAAAAAGACGCUGCUGACUUUCCGGGCUUUGGAGCUGGCGCAGCGGGAUCCAACGGAAGACCAGGACCAUCCACAGCCGAGAUGUUUGUCGAUCUGGCCCUCAAGGCGCAUUAUGCAGACUGGUACAAGGAGAAGUUUGCGAAGCAUCCAGUGCUGAAAGACUUCAUCGCGAAGAUUUCAGGUUGGGACGAGCAUACGUUAGCUAUCAAGAGGUCCCUGUUGCGUAACAACACGCCAGGCAAUAAAGCGAUCGGCGUUCAUUACGACCAGAUCUUCUUACGAUACGGCGAGCCGACAAGUUACACAGCGUGGGUACCAAUGGGAGAUAUCAGUCUCACCGACAACUGGAUACUACUGACACAACGUUCAUGUCAUACCCUCGGUCGAAAAAUCGAGGCGGAAUUCACACAGAAGGCACGCGAGAGUGGUCUCAGCGAGGCAGAGACAAGGAACGCUUUCAACCAGAACAUGCAGUCAAACGGCCUUUUGGCCGACGGUCCAAGAGAAUACUCCGAUAUACACAAACAGCGAUGGUUAGUCACGGAGUAUGAGGCUGGUGAUGUGGUGCUGCAUACUCCCUUCACAAUUCAUGCCUCGACCAUCAACCUCGAUUCGAUUAUUCGUCUGGGCACCGAUUUGCGCUUUGUCGAUUCGAGCAAACCCUGGGACAAGCGCUGGGACAAGAAUUAUGAUUUCAACGACGGCGUUUGAGUAUGGCGUCAGGAAUCCUGGUGUAAUAAACGAGGUUGCUUUUGUACAUGAUCUCCAGAUAAAUCCAUACAUGGAAGUAAGAUGAAUAUAGUAUACUUUUGCAUUGCUACAAAACUCAUCUAGGACAUCUACAAUCUCGAGUCUAAGGCACGCGACUCUAAAAUAGAACAUGGAAGUAUAAGAGUCCUACGUGAGAUACUGUAUGCAACAGCCAAACCAAACGCCGCCCAUGCCGAUACUUUUAAAAGGGUAUACACAGAUCGUACAACGCGUCAUUGCUCUGAAGAGCAUCCUCAUGCGGUGCCACCAAUCUCCUUCCUGACCCAGUUCUCCAAACCACCGAGAGCAAUAAUCUCCUGGACAUUGGGAGGGAGCUCACCCACUUUGACGUUCCACUUGGAGCCG